AGUUCCUCGCCAGCAGUUCUUUGUUUGAGCUUGAACGCUGUUAUAGAGCCGGUUUAAGUUUAUGCCGGUUUUAAGUUCCUAUAGUGCUCGGUUUGGUAUAGAUUGAACGUUUUGAUAAGGAUUGUUUCAGUGAUAGUGCAUGUGAUCGAGUUUUGAUCGAUCGAUAUCAAUAACGAUGAUAUAGACAAAAUCUCCAGUUUAGACAGUCAGGCGCUGCCACAUCAUGUUUCAUUCCCCUGCCAACAAUACGGGAUACAACGACGCGAACUCUGGUUUUCACCAACAUCUUCAACAGUCCCCAGUGUACGUCCCCAGUAAUCGUGCUGCAACUAUGCCCCAAUAUCCUUCUCCAGCAGGAAGUCAUUUUGGUACCGCGGCCGCUCAUCAAAACGCGUGGCACACGGGAGGCGGUUACGGUGAUAUGACCGCAACAGCCGCGCACGGUUUAGGGGCAGCAACUCAUCAUCCAGGGGCACUGGCUGCUGGUCAGUUUUAUGCUCAAAAUAUGAUGAUGAGUUCUUGGCGGGCGUACGAUAGUAGUUUUCAAAGGACUUCGCCAUACGAUCCAGGAGUGGAGUUUCAGUUUGGCGAAGGAAGAGAAUGUGUUAACUGUGGCGCUAUAUCAACCCCGCUGUGGCGACGCGAUGGCACGGGACAUUAUUUAUGCAACGCCUGUGGACUUUAUCAUAAAAUGAACGGCAUGAAUAGGCCGUUAAUCAAACCAUCCAAACGACUGACAGCGACGCGUCGUUUGGGUUUGUGUUGCACAAACUGCGGCACAAGAACGACGACCUUAUGGAGGCGAAACAACGACGGCGAGCCUGUGUGCAACGCCUGCGGCCUUUAUUUCAAGUUGCACGGCGUCAACAGGCCGUUGGCGAUGCGUAAAGACGGCAUACAGACCCGCAAACGAAAACCGAAGAAACCACAGGGAAGCGGAGGUGGUGGUGGUGGGAAUGCCGCGGAAAGAGAUGACAGCAGCUCCGCCUCCGUGGAAGACUCCAAGUCAUCAAAUCUAGUCCAUCAGUCUCCAAGUCAACAACAUCAGAGCAAUCAUCAUACCUCAUCCCAUACUAACAGCCAAAAUCACAACAUGGAAAAGUCGUCUUUGUCAGAAAGACCCUAUCUAGGACCAACCUCCCUACUACCGGCAACUAGCACGAGUACAAUAAAAAGUGAACCCGGAUACGAAUACAGUUGCCUUCAGAACCAAACAUCAUACCCGUACCAACAAAUGUUCGGAUUCCCUAGUCCAUCAUCAGGCAGUAGUGAAAUUGCCUAUCAUCACCAGCACCAUGUGACAGCAGCGGCAAAGCUAAUGGCAUCAUCUUAGUUGUAACAGUAAUUUAUUGAUACUUCGGUUAAACCUAGAUAUGACGUAGCUGUGUGAUAGAAGAUUUGACGUGCAAUUUCAGAUACUGUGUAAUUUACAAUAGUUACAAAAGGCGCUUGUCACAAAAGAGUUCUAAGAAGGUAUCGAAUUGUAGUGUGAAAUAAUUUAGUUCAUGUAAAUAUGUAAAUUUGGAAAAAAUGUUUGUGUAUUUCGUUCUUAUAAGACUGUAUAAAUUAUGUAUUGUACCCUGGCGACAUAUAUAGAGCUUUAGUACUAUAUUAUAGAAUUUUUCUGUUUUUAUCAUAAAAGUUUGCAUAGUUAUUGUAAAUAAAACUCAUUUGGCAGGCUCAAAAAAUAAAACACAAUUUUAAAGUAAAA